AUGGCUCUUGUGAAGAACAACGUGCAGACUAUGUGCCUGGUCGCUCUUCUUGUAAUGUCUACCACUUUCUUGCCCUCUCAUGUAGAAGGAAGGGUGAUAGAUACCAAGGAGACGAUCCUCACGUCGUGUUUACUUUGGAAAAGCUGCACAAUCGAUUUAUGCAAGCAAAACUGUUCAAUACGUGGAUAUGCUAAGAGUGAAAGCAGUUGUGUAUCAUACAACAAAGCUAACUACUGCUGCUGUGCGACGAAGUGA